CACAAGUCAAAGUCAGAGAAGAAUAAGGAGAAGAAGCAGCAGGAAGUCUAAGAAUGACACAGGCCAUGUACAUUACGCUGGUAUCGAGUGACAAUUUCGAGUUUAUCAUAACUUCAGAAGCGGCAAAUGUCAGUGGGACACUGCGAAGCAUGUUGCAAUCCACCUUUAAAGAGACAUCGGAACGCCGCAUAAGGCUUCACGAGUUUGAUGGGCGUGUAUUAGGUAAAGUUGUGGAGUAUCUUUACUAUAACUUGAAGUAUAAAGAUAGUGUUGAUGUACCUGAGUUUGAUAUUCCCGAGGAGAUGGCGUUGGAGUUGUUGGAUGCCAGUGAUUUCUUAGACGUUUAGAUAGGUCGACGAUAGGUCGACGACAUGUACGCGCACGGGGCUGUAAUUUAUAACGAUUAACUUGAUGAAUUAUAUUAUAUGGAACUGAACUUG